AGGUUCUAGCUGAUGCCCAGGCUUCCCUGGAAUGAUGCCGUCACGCACGAACCUGUCUGCUGGGAUUCCCAGUAGCAAAGUCAAGUAUUCCAAGCUCUCCAGCACUGACGAUGGAUACAUUGACCUGCAGUUCAAGAAGAGCCCCCCCAAAAUCCCCUACAAGGCAAUUGCGCUGGCUGUUGUGCUCUUCAUGAUCGGGACCUUCCUCAUCGUCAUAGCAGCGCUCCUCCUGGCAGGAUACAUCAGCAAAGGCGGAACGGACCGCGCCAUCCCCGUGCUCAUCAUUGGCAUCCUGGUGUUUCUCCCGGGCUUCUACCACCUGCGCAUCGCGUACUACGCGUCCAAAGGCUACCGGGGCUACUCCUACGACGACAUCCCGGAUUUCGACGACUGA